AUUUGGAUUCGACUGUUGAAAAAAAUUUUAAUUUAAAAACUGGUGUUACUGAAGAGUUUUCCGAUUUGGAUAUUGAUGAAUAUAAUGAAAUAUGGUUUAAUGAAGAUUCAGAUUCGAAUAUU